AUGCAUGCCUCAGUUCCUACGGCUAUUGUUAAGAAAUGGAAUCAUGUCAUAACUGAGUUUCAAAUGUACACCAUGAGCAACUUUGUUGUUCUGCACGGCAAAAAUAAGAAGACGAGCCACUUUAAGUGGAUCUUGGUUUUUACCCAUAGGACAAUUGUGAAUCAUGUCCAAAACCCAAGUUUUCCUUUGGUCGUAUGGCACCUUAAGUCCAUUGCAGAGCUCUUGAUAGCUGAGAAGGUCGACGACUCUGAACUAUUCGAUUUUAUGGAGAGUAAUAUACCAUGUGUUGGUGUUCAUCAAAAUGUCAGGAACAACCGUAUUAACUGUACCACGUCGAUGCAGAGCCAUUUUUAUUUAUCAAAGCUGCAUUUUGACCCUGAAAUUAAAGAAGUUGUUGUGUUUAGAAGCAGGAUGUUAUGUGGUGCACCAUCUAGUUCUCCCAGGAUCAGUCAAGUAUCUUCGCAAGGCCGGUGGUCAGGUGUUGAGGAUCUGAACCAGGGAUAUGUAGUUGCAAAGACCAUCGAAGAAGUUUUGAACUCUUCUGAGAUUGCUGCAACUGUAGUCUCUAUAAAUGCAAGCAAGAGCGAUUGGUACUACAAGUCAUGUAAGAGGUGCCCAAAAAAAAUUGACACUCCUAUUGGAGAAAGAUAUGAAUGCACUAAGUGUGGACACACACAUGGAUGUGCCGCCAUUAGGUACAAACUUGAGGUGAAAGUAUGUGAUGGAAUAGGGAGCAUGACUUUGUUAUUGUGGGACAAUGAAACAACACAAUUAGUUGGAAAAAUGCUGAAAAAGUUAUGGAUGAGGAGAAUACCCCCCACCCUCGAUAAUAUCAUGGAUAAGAAGGCACUAUUCAAGAUAAAUGUUAAAAUGGCAAACAUCAAGCAAUACGAUCAAAUUUACAUGGUUAGCAAGGUAUGCGAUGAUGAGGAGCUUGUGGAAAAGAACAUGCCCAAGAAAAUGCAGACCAAUCUAUCCACAAACAUCACAGAAAGUGGCUACAGCAACUCAGUGGAUAUGUCAGGCAAUAUUGUCAACCUUAAAAUUGAUACUGAUCCUCAUUUUAGCAUGGAUGGCCUUGAAGAUAGCGUGUCAAGUGGCAAGUGUAAGACUCCAGCUAAAAGUGCUUCCAGUGAGAUAAACGAUGCUGCGAAAAACUUGCUCCAACAUAAAGAAGAAGGUCAAUUUUCCACUAAUCGUUUCAGUAAGAGAGUUGGGAAAAAACAGAAGAUUCAGUUAAUUGACAAGGAAAGUUAA